GCGGUGUACACUAGAAUACACGCCGUGGUAUUCCCUCUGUCCUUGACAUCUCAUAGCAUUAUAAUGCUUGGUUAUCUGCUUGCUGUGCUCUUACUUGCCGUUCCUUUCUACAUUCGUCAACUCCGUUCGGGCAAUGCACAACGCCGCAAGGACUUGUUGAAGUCACUUGGUCAGAGCGAAAUUUGCGACAGAAAAAUAGUAGGGUUUUUUCACCCUUACUGCAAUGCUGGUGGCGGAGGAGAGCGUGUUCUUUGGACGGCCAUCGCUUUCAUGCAACGUACGGAGCCGGAUAUUGUAAGCAUCGUAUAUAGCGGAGAUACGGAUGCUACCAAGGAAGAGAUUCUGGAUAAGGUCAAGGCUAGGUUCGCCAUAAUAUUAUCACCGGAACUUGUACAUUUUGUCUUCCUGGAGUCUCGGCGGUUUGUGGAAGACUCUACGUGGCCGCGGUUCACUCUACUCGGUCAGAGCCUAGGUUCUAUGUACCUGGCUUGGGAGGCAGUGUCGAAAUUGAUCCCCGAUCUUUAUAUUGAUACCAUGGGCUAUGCGUUCACAUUCCACGUUGUCUCCUUGCUGGCUGGUAUUCCUGUAGGCGCCUACGUCCACUAUCCCACGAUCAGCACAGACAUGCUCGCUCGCGUACAAUCUCGGAGGCAAUGGCACACCAAUUCAAGUGCGAUCUCGUCUUCGUCAAUCCUUAGCCAAGGGAAGCUCCUAUACUACCGGCUUUUCAUGUACCACUAUGCUCAAGCUCUUCGCCGAGUCUCGUUCCUGAUGGCUAAUUCUUCCUGGACGAAGAAUCACGUAGACUCUAUUCUCGCAUACUCAGAUCCGUUACUUGACACGAUGCACCUUCCAUUCAAAAUACUGGCGUACCCAUUUACAACGGUUCUCGAACUGGUUUUGGCGCCAGUACCGUCAAGAGUCGACUCUUUAUCACGCAGAACAUCGAAGGAAGCAAAGAUCGUAUACCCGCCUUGUGACACUCGGGCCAUGUCGUCAUUUCCUCUCGAAGGACGGGAACGUAUCAUCCUCAGCAUCGCUCAGUUCCGGCCCGAGAAAGAUCACCCUAUGCAACUUCACGCCCUCUCGAAACUUCUUCUCGCACACCCGGAAUACAAAGCACCCUUUGUUGGCGCUCAAGGCGGUGUCCGCCUCGUACUGAUCGGGGGCAGUCGGAAUGAGGAGGAUUCAGCUCGUGUGGAAAGCCUGCGCGCUUUAGCGAGGGAACUGCAUGUCGAAGAACACGUCGAGUUCAUGAUCAACGCCUCAUAUCCUGCGAUGCUCUCUUACCUCGAGCGCGCGAGCGUAGGUUUACACACCAUGGUUGAUGAGCAUUUUGGAAUCAGCGUAGUCGAAUUCAUGGCUGCGGGCGUGAUACCUGUCGCGCAUGCCUCUGCCGGACCGCUCCUUGAUAUCAUUGUUCCCGUCAACGGCGAACUGACAGGUUAUCAUGCCACUACCGCAGAGACCUUUGCUGAGAAGUUGUAUGAAGCUCUGACGUUGUCUAAGGAUUCUGAUCUCGCUUUGAGGCAGAGAGCAAGACAAUGGGCUACGAUGACCUUCUCGGAGCAGGAGUUUGAAAAAGGAUGGGAGGGGAGUGAGUGGAAGAAGUGGCUUUAGGUACUGGGACAUGCGAACAUAUAACUCGGCACGUCCAAUACAUUGACUUAUCGCCAGGACCGAGCGCCACUACCUGCCACACAUUACUCGCGAAUGUUCAAGUCAAAUCAUUAUACAGUAUGGACAUCGCGUGAACUGUCGAGUGUUUUGUCCAAAGAGUCCCGGAGAAGACGUCGUUCCAUACGUACUAACUUCCCUCAACGGCCGCAAAGUCGCACAGAUAGAUGAUGAGACACGACAUUGUCCAUCUAACUCCGCAUCUCGACUCGGCUGCUACAUGAUUUACCUCGCACGAGAUGCUUCCUUUCACUGCCACUGAUGGGUCCCCCUCAGGCCUCAGAGCGCGUCCCCUUUCUAAAUCUUCUAACUCGUCUUAUCGGCCUUUAUCACCCAUGUCCUCUCGACGCCGCCUGCUGUGAUGUUCAGGUAACUAGUCCCAGCGCGACACGUUUCACGGAGGCUUCGGCUCAGUCAUUUGUAUUCGAAAUUCCCCAUCAU